GUUCGAAAUCAGCUGUUAAUGGAGUGGUGAAAUGUUGGUGAAAGUUGACAUUUCGGGAUUGUUUAUGUUUGGUUGGAUUUCACAUAGUUGUGCGCUUAUAUUAGAUAUUGGGGAGAGAACUUACGUCAACUAAAUGGCGAACUAUGAUACACAUUUGAGUGCUUGGUACAAUAAUUACAUCCCAGGACGAUUUCCAAUAAUUAGGAAACCUCAUAUCAUUGGAUAUUUUAGUUUGAAUGGAGAACGGGAAUACAUUCCAUCGGCUGAAAAUUUGAAAUAUCUAAAAUUACCCAAAGAUAUCAACAAUGUUAACUUUGACUUAAACCAUGGUUAUGAGAAUGUUAUUCCUAAGCCAGCAAGUACGUCGGACGAGGGAUUGAAACAUUUGCUUGAGUUCAUAAUUCAAAAUAAACAGAAAUUAAUCACAAGAAAUGACGGUCCGGAUAAACGUUAUCUGGAGGCAGAUUUCAUUUGUUAUCGCGGUCUCUUGCGGCUCGUAAUGUGUUCGCCGUUUGAAAGGAGAGAUGAUUGGUGCAUACUCGCAACUAGAUAUAAAGGCAAUAUAUACUUGUGUCAGCGUGAAACAGAAAUGAAGAAAAUGCAAAAAUUAAAUGAAACCGAACAGUGGAAGAGAAUUGGUUCGUAUGGAUUCAAGUUUGAGCAAUAUAUCCUUGCAGACGAUCCGGAGCAUGAACCCGAUAUUUCAGCACCUGUGAAUGAAUCUGAAGAAUUUAACUGUGUAUUGAGAACACGUUUGGAGGGUCUUGAUUUAUUGUAUGGAGCAGAAAUGGAUGGAAUUGUAUCAAACGAAAAAUGUGAUUUGACUUCGGUGGAUUUAAAUACUCUCGAGCAUGUUGAAGUAAAAGUUCGCCGUAAGGAAACAACCUACCGCCAAGGACAAAAUUUCCUAAAAUUCAAUCUGGUAAAAUGGUGGUGUCAAAGUUUUCUUGUUGGUAUACAGCGUAUUUACAUGGGUUUGCGUAACGAUGAAGGCAUUGUCAAAGAAAUCCAGGUGUUGGAUGUGAGCUCAUUGCCUAAGAUGGCUAAGGAAUAUUGGUCGCCAGCGGUAUGCGUUGAUUUUCUCAAUGAAUUUCUGAAUAUGGUUAAAAAGACCUUGAGAAAUACUAACUGUCCUUACAGCGUUUUUGAAUUCUAUUGGAAUCCAGCUAAUCAAAAAAGUAUAACAUAUCGAUAUCAUGAAGGAAACAAUGACUUGAGCUUUUUACCAGAUUGGUAUAUCGAGGGCGUUUCUAAUAAAAGUACAAAUAGUGUAUAAAAAGCAAAAGUAAUAAAAAGAAUAUGAAACAGAAAGUUAGGAGCUGAGCCAUUAAUUACAACUUUAACACCAGCUGUUCGAUGCUUUAAAAGCGGAAAAAAUGUUGAAACGCAAGUAAAUAUCCUAUCCGUGCAACAAGAGUGACAAGGGAAUCGCACUUUUGAUUACCUCCUCCAUGCAUAUAACAUGCUUUAUUGGAUUUGUUCCGUACUUUACAUCCAAUAUGCCUUUUAGAAUACAGUAACGGAAAAAGCUAAUGGGAGUUUCCCGAACUGAUUCUUUUCAGACAAAAAAGUAUCU